AUGGAAAUAUGUAGACGUACAACCUUCCCAAUAAAUGCAAAUGAAGGAUACUCAUCAUUAUAUGGUUGGGUUGGUGAUUAUAUACCACCGUCUGCCAAAUAUGCAGUUUCAGCUGUAGCCGGUGGAAUGAGUGGAAUGGUUGAUUUAAAUUAUAGAAUUGCUAAAUUGCCAGAAUAUGAAGUAAAAAAUUGUUUAGAAAAUGACGAGAUUGAUCUUUUACUAAAUUUUGAUCAGCUUACUACUCAACGAAGAAAUAAAUCGGCAUUUCAUGAAUUUGAAGAAGGGAAAAUCACGUUUCUACCCACUUAUAAAUAUGAUUUUGGAACAAAUGAUUGGGAUACAAGUGAAAAGAAACGAUCACCAGCAUGGACAGAUAGAAUAUUAUGGAGAAGCAAAGAUCAAUCGCAUUGUAAACAGUUAGCAUAUCGUAGUCAUAUGGAAAUAACGUUAAGUGAUCAUAAACCUGUCAGUUCAAUAUUUGAAUUAAAGCUUCAUGUAAACAUAAUAGAAGAAGAAGAAGGUUUUAAUGAUCGUGAUGAUGGCCAUAAUGUUAUUAUUGCAAAAGAGUCAUGCCAAAUAGAAGAUAACGAUGAGUGCGCUACAUUGUGA